UUGUUGUUGUUGUUGUUAUAUAAAUAUAAUAUAUUCUUACCAUAAUACACAACAUCAACUUUGAUAGUGAAAAAAAUAAAAAAUAAGACUAUUUGUGAUUGUCGUCAACAAUUUGAAUUCAACAUUUACUCAACAUUUGUUUUGCUUUUUAUGAACAUAUCAUUUUUUUUUUUGGUGGUGGAAAAUUGAAAAAUACUCUGCUCGAUAAUCGAUUCUGGAACGAAUAUCAAAAAGAAAACAAAAUCAAAAAUGGAACAAGCAGCUAAUGUACAAACACAAGCCAGUCUCAUCGCUCAAUUUAGUGUACUUGAUUAUGCCAUAGUUGUCAGUUUAAUUGGCAUAACGACAUAUUGGCUAUUGUCGAAAAAGAAAACACAAAAUGAUUUUGAUGCCAGUUCAAUCAAAACAUUUGCUUUGGAACCAUCACUUCAAAGAUCACAAAGUGAAUCGGGAUUUAUUGCCAAAAUGAAAUCAGGUGGACGAAAUAUGAUUGUAUUCUAUGGUUCUCAAACUGGAACAGCUGAAGAAUUUGCUGCACGUUUAGCGAAAGAAGCUACACGUUAUGGUAUGAAAGCAAUGGUUGCCGAUCCUGAAGAAUGUGAAAUGGAAGAUCUGGCUAAAUUACAAGAGAUUGAAAAUUCAUUGGCCGUUUUUUGUGUGGCCACUUAUGGUGAAGGUGAUCCUACAGAUAAUGCACAAGAAUUUGAAUGGCUCAAUGGUGGUGGUGCCGAAUUAAACGGGCUUCGUUAUGCUGUAUUCGGUUUGGGUAAUAAAACCUAUGAACAUUAUAAUAAAGUUGGUAUCGAUUUGGAUUCAAAACUUGACAAUCUUGGUGCUGAACGUGUAUUUCAAUUAGGCCUAGGUGAUGAUGAUGGAAACAUCGAAGAAGAUUUCAUCACAUGGAAAGAAAAAUUCUGGAUGUGUAUCUGUGAAAAAUUCGGUGUUGAAAGAUCUGGUGAAGAUUUCAACACUAGGCAAUAUGAUCUUAUCUUGCAUGAAGAUUUGCCACCUGAAAAAGUUUUCACUGGUGAAGUGGUUCGUCUGGGAUCCUAUCGAAAUCAAAAACCGCCAUUUGAUCAGAAGAAUCCAUUUUUGGCUCCAAUCACCGUUAAUCGUGAAUUAUAUAAAGGACCAAGAUCAUGUAUGCAUAUUGAGAUCGAUAUCCGUAAUUCAAAACUUCGUUAUGAAGCUGGAGAUCAUGUUGCCAUUUAUCCGCAAAAUGAUACCAAAUUAGUUGAACGAAUUGGCCAACUUUUGAAUGCUGAUUUGAACACUGUUUUUACAUUGAAAAACCUUGAUGAAGAUAGUUCAAAGAAACAUCCGUUUCCAUGCCCUACCACUUAUCGUACAGCUCUUACCUAUUAUCUGGAUAUAACAUCGACGCCACGAACACAUGUAUUAAAAGAAAUUGCUGAAUAUUGUAGUGAUGAAAAAGAGAAAGAGUUGCUCAAAACAAUGACCAUGCCUACGGAACAAGGAAAAGCUUUAUAUUCAGAAUGGAUCAUCAAUAAUUGUCGUAGCAUUGUACAUGUACUUGAAGAUAUGCCAUCAUGUAAACCGCCAAUCGAUCAUCUGAUUGAAUUUCUUCAAAAACUACAACCACGAUACUAUUCGAUUUCUUCGUCGCCGAAACAUUAUCUCGAUUCGAUUCAUAUAACGGCCGUUGUCGUCAAAUACGAGACGAAAACAUCUCGUAUUAAUAAAGGCGUUGCCACUUGUUGGAUGCAAGAAAAUAAACAAGUCUUGCCUGAUCAACCGGCACCAAUUGUGCCGAUCUUUAUUCGAAAAUCACAAUUCCGUUUGCCUAGCAAACCACAAACACCUGUCAUCAUGAUUGGUCCUGGAACUGGUUUGGCUCCAUUCCGUGGUUUUCUCCAAGAACGUCAUCAUAUGCUUGAACAACAGAACAAACCAUUAGGUGAUACAAUCCUUUAUUUUGGCUGUCGAAAACGUUCACAGGAUUUCCUAUACGAAGAAGAACUGAAUGAUUAUUUGGAAAAGAAAGUGAUAACUAAACUUUAUCUAGCCUUUUCACGUGAUCAAGAUAAAAAAGUGUACGUGACACAUUUAUUGAAACAAAAUAUGCAAGAAACAUGGCAAGUAAUUGGCGAACAAAAUGGUCACAUUUAUAUUUGUGGUGAUGCUCGUACAAUGGCUCGUGAAGUGAAGGAAAUCAUUUUGGAAACAAUCCAAACAUAUGGUAACAAAACUCAAAAAGAAGCCGAAGAUUUUCUUAAACGAAUGGAAUCACAAAAACGAUAUUCGGCCGAUGUUUGGAGUUAAAUUAAUCAAAACAAAACAUGAAACCAUCAUUAUCGUCAUCAUUGGCUAUCUCUAUAAAUGCAUUUCGGACGAUGUUGUGUUGUGUGUUAUCGUGUUUGUGUGAUCGACAUUUUUAGUGAAUAUUUUUUUUUAUAUAAUAAUAAUAAUAAUAAUAAUUUGCUUUAUUAUUCUAA